AUGGGCAUUUCAGGAUGCUAUCGAGGGUGUGCUGUUGUUUCGGUUGCAGUCGCCCCCACGGCUACCACGCCAGUCCUCAAGAAACAUGUAGUCGUGGGUCCGACCAACAAAAAGUACACACCGGCAACUAAGAAGCUCCCAGAAUUACUCGUCCUAUCAGCCCGGAAUGUUGAGAAACGGGAAUUUGACCCGGCUCGUCACCUAAACAUCAUCCCCCCGAAGAAGAUUUUGACGAUGGCAGAUAUUGGACUCGAGGGUAUUGGUAUCUCUGAUACUGCAGUCUCAGAGCCAUUCAGUUUGUGGACUGAAGAUGCUGUCAAGCAGAUGAGAGCAGAGAUGUUCAGCGAGGCGAUGCUCGAGAAUUGCCAGAUUUCUUCCAGUUUCGCAUCAAACAUGGUUAGAGGCUAUAAUGCAAAAUUCGCCCCAUUUAUCCACAAGGCCUAUCGUAGCCCAGAGCUUCUUGAAGCUGUCUCAGCUAUUGCCGGAAUCGAUUUUAGUUCCUGUAUUCAAUUACGAGAAGAUGGUGAAGACGGAGAUAGCGAGGCUUUCUCAUGGCACAGGGACAGCUUCCCCUUUGUUUGCGUGACUAUGCUGUCUGACUGUAGAGAUAUGGUCGGUGGGGAGACUGUUAUCCGUACAGGUGAUGGACGUACCAUGAAAACGCGCGGGCCCGCGAUGUCACCAUUUGCGAGAGAUGAUACUGUUCUCACAACUGUUCGUGGUAUCAGCCGCCAAGACCCGCUGUAUCAUGAUUACGCCGAGUACAGAAUGCGCAACCUAAAGGCCCGUGUCGACCGGCAACGGGAGCUGAUACAGAAGGGUCGAAGUCAAGGGGGGGCGCUUUGA